UGUAUUAUUAUUGUUGUGUUAUAAUACUGUGGUUAUCAACAGAUUUUCCAAAUUGGAAACAGAGAGGAAAAUUAGGGAGACAUUUUAAAGAGAUGAAAUAAAGAAGUGUGAGUUUCUCAUGUGACAAUUAAGUGUUGAGACCUCGUGACACCAUGACUUCCAUCCUCAUCCUCAGGUCGUGGUGUGCGUGGGGGGGGGGGUGGUACUCUGUCAUCAGCAUCCUCAGCCAAUGGAGGAACCAGCGGAGGAGACUCUUUAAAAGCCGUGUCCCCGGAGCUGAGUGCACCAGACCCGGGCUGAGCUCCACGGCUCCACGGCUCCAUCCUCCCGGACGCGCACAAGCGUCUGUGGACCUCCUCCUCCUCCUCCUCCUCUUCCUCCUCCUCCUCCUCUUCCUCCUCCUCCUCCUCCGGAGAGAGAGUGAGUCAGUUCCCGGUUCCGGACGCUUUACCUCCUUUCCUUUUCUUUUUUCUUUUUGUAUUGCAUCUUCUCGAGGACGUCGGGAUGAUUUGAUCCUCGGGUGAGGAGACGUCGCCGUCGUUACGCGGAGCGCAGUGCGGGAAUUAAACAAAACACAGUCAUGACGUGAGUGUUGCAGCAGCAGUUUUUCCCAAUGAUUGAGACGAGCACAGCGAUCAUGUUGGACAGGACUGAACCGGCGCACUGCACCGUGUGCUGCUGCACGCUGGCCAACAAAAUCCUCAUGGUGCUCUUCAUGGUGCUACUGGUCUUCGCCAUCUUGUUCGGGAACUUGGUGACUCUGGCAGUGGUCGUGGGGACCAAACACUUCCACACGCCACAGGGAUACCUGAAGGCGUCCCUCGCCGUGGCUGAUCUGGCGGUGGGGAUAUUCGUGGUGCCGCUGUCUGUCUACGCCGAGGUCUAUCUCAUGGUGACCGACUCUGCGCCGGAGUGGACUUCGUACAACUCGCAGUUGGUGAGUUUCCACCCGUGCAACGUCAUCGGCCCCAUCUUCGCCGGCUGCACCUUGGUGUCCAUCACCACGAUCUUCCUGCUGACGAUCGAGCGGAGCAUCGCCGUUCUGAAGCCGCUGCACAAGGGCUCUGUGAUCACCCGCAAGAGAACCACCAUCCUCAUCGUCCUCUCCUGGGUGGGGAGCUUCUUCCUGGCCGUGUGUCCGAUGGUUUUCAGCAGCGAGAUCGCGCUGGAGUACAACUCCUGCAGCCGCAUGUGCAACUACGCGCUGGGGGUCAUCGGCGAGUUCCCCAGCCAGGCCUGGAACAUCCUACUGCUGUUCCCCGCCUUUGACUUCACCCUCCUCGGCGGCACUGUGGUGAUAAACAUGGUCUCUCUGUCCAGCAUCCGGCAGCACUCAAAGCGCAGGAAACGCCUGGCCGGGCGCGAGUGCCAGAACACCACCAAUCCCACCUUCUCCGACAUCAAGGCGGCCAAGACGAUUGGGACUCUAACGGUGGCGUUCACGGCGUCGUUCACCCCCAUCGCCGUCUUCGUCGUGGGAAAUGUUUUGGGCAACAAAUGGUGCAACUUCUCCUUCUUCGCCUUCUGGAUUCUGGCCAGCAACAGUUGCUGGAAUGUCAUCAUUUACAGCGUGAGGGAUCAGAAAUUCAGACUUCGUGCACACAAGCUCCUCUUGCCUUUCCAGAGAGAGAACUCGACCAAAAGCUAAAACAAAAAUCAGGGACGUGCGCCGACAUGCCGACCUGAGCAGGGCGGCAUCAUUUAGACGUUCAGCAAACAUUGUGAGUCUAGUUCAGGGAUGUGUCUGCAUGUCUUUAGAUCACUGUUGUGAAAUGUUCUUACAUCAUUUUCAAAAAAGCAUGAUAAGUUUUGACGUCAACGUCAACUGUGGCUGAUGGAAUGUCCUUCAUUGUGGCCGUUUGUUGCAGUCUGUGGAUGGUUGUCUACCUGCCCGUCAACUGUCAAUUAAAAAACCUGGUCAAAAACAUCAGCAGUUUUCUUUGCUCCUCUGUGACAGUAAACUGAAUAUCUUUGUUGUGUGGGAGAAACUAAAACAUCAUCUUGGGGUUUUGGAAACACGAUUGACAUUUUUUUUUUUUACAAUUUUGUGACAUUUUAUGGACCAAACAACUAAUCAACUUAUCGAGAAAAUAAUCAACAGAUUAAUGGAUUAUGCAAAUAAACGUUAGGUGCAGCCCUGCUCUCCAUCCGGGUGUGCGUGAUCGGACUUGUGCGUCGGUAAACAAAUCUGCAAACGCCUGUAUAGAUCUGUGAAUAUGUAAAUGCGUGCAUACAUAUAAAUGGCUGAAAGUGUCAUUCGCGGCCUCGCGAUUAACUGCCGAUGUGCACGUGAUUUUUGCGACGCACCUGCCGUGACACAUCCGCAAACGCUACUCACCGUGCUUCAUU